AUGAGACCAGCAAAUGUGGAUGAGGAGCAAGUCAAGUUGAGGGCAUUCCCAUUUACAUUAGAAGCCAAGGCAAAUGAGUGGCUUUACAAUUUACCUCCGGGAUCAAUGAACACAUGGAACCAGGUGAAGCAAGCAUUUUUGGAGCAAUAUUUUCCGGCCACAAAAGCUGCAAGCAUAAAGAAGGACAUAUGUGCAAUCCGACAACAACAUGGAGAGCCCUUUGGAGAUUACUAUGAGCGAUUCACACAUUUGGUUGCAUCUUGUCCUAAUCAUCAAAUUUCAGAGCAUCUUUUAAUACAGUAUUUUUAUGAAGGAUUAUGUGGUACUGAUCGUGUAAUGCUUGAUGCAGCAAGUGGACGAGCAUUCAUGGACAAGACACCAAUAAAUGCUAAGGCAUUAUUAAAGAACAUUGCUGGCAAUAAUACACGACAAUUUGGAGGGAGAGAUGAGCUACCUCUUAAGAAAGUUAACGAGGUAAGUGCUAAUUCUAGUAUUGAAUUACAAUUAGCUAACUUGACUGAGCUACCUCUUAAGAAAGUUAACGAGUCCUAUCAAAUUUUUGGCGCCGUUGCCGGGGACAUGACACCAAUAAAUGCUAAGGCAUUAUUAAAGAACAUUGCUGGCAAUACACGAAAAUUUGGAGGGAGAGAUGAGCUACCUUUUAAGAAAGUUAACGAGAAAACAGACAAAGCAAUUGAAAACCUUGAGCGCCAAAUGAGUCAGUUAGCAAGUUUGAUGAGGCAACAACACCAACCAGGAAGGCUGCCUAGCCAAACCGUGGUGAAUCCAAAUGCGGAGCAGAUGAAUGUUGUGACUUUAAGGAGUGGAAAAGAAGUUUUUAAGCAGUUGAGGAUGCAAAAGAGGACUAGAAAAGACACAAUUGAACAAGGGGAGCUACAAACCAAGAAUCUUGAGCAAGAUGAGGCUUCAAUAGAAACUGAAAAGUCUCCUAAAGAUACAGAAUUGAACAAAAACGAUUCUGAUAAGCAAAAUGAUAAGGAAAUCUUGGAUACUUUCCGGAAAGUCCAAGUGAACUUACCUCUUUUAGAUGCCAUAAAACAAAUGUCCAAGUAUGCAAAGUUCCUUAAAGAGCUUUGUAUGAACAAGAGGAGAUUCAAUGAUCAAGAAACUGUGGCAUUAAGUGAGGAAGUAUCAGCUGUUUUGCAGAGAAAACUGCCACCGAAGUUAAAGGAUGCCGGUAGCUUUACCAUUCCAUGUGUAAUCGGAGGGAAAGAGUUUGGGAGAGCCUUGUGCGAUUUUGGGGCAUCCAUUAAUCUGAUGCCAUAUUCAGUGUAUGAGUCAUUGAACCUUGGAGACUUGAAGGAAACAAAGGUAGUAAUCCAGUUGACAGAUCGUUCAAAUAGAUAUCCCAAAGGCCUAUUGGAGGAUGUACUUGUGCAACUGAAUGAGCUCAUUUUUCCCGCUGAUUUUUUUGUUCUUGAGAUGGAACAUGACCCUAUGCCUACUGCACUUCCUCUUAUAUUGGGAAGACCAUUCCUUAGAACAGCACGGACAAAGAUUGAUGUCUACGAUGGUACCUUAACCAUGGAAAUUGAUGGAGAAAGUGUCAAGUUCAAAAUCUUCAAUGCUAUGAGGUACCCUAGUGAUUUAGAAUCUUGUUUGUCUAUUGAUGCGUUUGACUAUUUUGUGCAGGAUUGUUUUAAUGAAGGUGUGGGACAAGAUAAUUUGGAAAAGGCAUUAGUGCAUAGCAUUACACAUGGAAAUUUUAAUUAUUCAAAGCACAUUGAAGAAGAAUUAAUCCAAACAGUGGCCUCUCUUGAGUCUCUUUCACCAAUUUGUGGUAAGUGUUCUUCCUAUUUUAUUUCUCUUCCUACUUCUAACAAAAAAACUCUUCCUUUUGUGAUUCAGGCACCUAAAUUGGAGCUUAAACCGAUCCCUGAAUAUCUGAAGUAUGCAUUUUUGGGAGAGGAUGAAACAUUACCAGUCAUCAUAUCGUCACAACUCACAGCAGAAGAGGGGGAGAAACUGAUCCGGGUACUGAAGGAUCACAAAACUGCCAUAGCUUGGAGCAUUGCAGAUAUCAAAGGUAUAAAUCCAGCUACAUGUAUGCAUAGGAUUCUGCUGGAAGAAGGUGGAAAACCAACUAGGGAAGCUCAACGCCGUUUGAACCCACUCAUGAUGGAGGUCGUUAAGAAAGAGGUUAUCAAACUUCUUGAUGUUGGCAUCAUAUAUCCUAUUUCGGACAGCAAGUGGGUGAGCCCUAUUCAAGUAAUUCCGAAGCGAUCCGGAGUCACAGUUGUUAAGAAUGAAGCUAGUGAGCUAGUGCCUACACAUGUGCAAAAUAGUUGGAGAAUUGCAGUUGCUCCGGAGAAUCAAGAAAAUACGACUUUCACAUGUCCAUUUGGCACAUUUGCAUAUCGAAGGAUGCCGUUUGGACUUUGCAACGCUCCCGCCACAUUUCAAAGGUGUAUGAGUGUGGUAGCAUUCAACAAGCUUAAGGAGUUGUUAUCCACGGCUCCACCAGAUUGGAGUUUACCUUUUGAGUUGAUGUGUGAUGCUUCAGACUAUGAUGUUGGUGCAGUUCUAGGGCAGCGUGUCAACAAAGUGCCACAUGUCAUCUAUUAUGCAUCUCGAACACUCAAUGAUGCACAAUUGAAUUAUUCAACAACAGAGAAUGAGCUUCUAGCUGUUGUAUUUGCUUUAGAAAAAUUUAGAUCUUAUCUGAUUGAGACUAAAGUUAUUGUGUUUUCUGACCAUGCAGCUUUGAAGUAUCUACUCACAAAAAAAGAUGCAAAACCGCGACUCAUUCGAUGGAUACUUCUGCUUCAAGAGUUUGACUUGGAGAUCAAGGAUAAGAAAGGGAGUGAAAAUGUUGUAGCAGAUCAUCUUAGCCGAUUUGUGCAUUCAAACACAGAGAAAGAUCUCAUCCCUUUACGUGAGAGUUUUCCGGAUGAGCAAUUAUUUUCAUUAAAGAUUACUGACCCUUGGUAUGCAGAUAUUAUCAAUUACAAGGUCAUCAAAAAGAUUCCGGAUGAUUAUACAUGUGCUCAAAAAGAUAAGCUUGUCAAAACUGCCAAAUACUACGAGUGGGUGGGAUGA